CGCGGCGGAGGCGACUUGCCCGCGCUACUCGGCAGUGCAGUGAGCGGCGCGCGGAGAGCCCGGACCGCGCCAUGGCUCUACGCGCUUUGUUUAUUUUCUGGGCGCUUAUCGUUGGCGGCGGCGCCGCGUACAGCCAACGUGACCGCCUUCGUGCUGACCCCCGUAUAUUGGACCGUGCCUGUGAACUCAGUUCCUGCUAUCCAGCAACCGGCAAUCUACUCAUCGGACGUGAAUCGCGCCUCUUCGCAUCUUCAACGUGCGGUCUACAGGGCCGCGAACGCUACUGUAUUGUUUCUCACUUAGAAACGAAAAAAUGUUUCUGGUGUGAUUCUACUAACAGCACACUGAAUAAACCCACUCUGAACCAUCGGAUUCAAAACAUCAUUUACAAAUACCAUCCUGGAACCCGAAUCAAAUCAUGGUGGCAGUCUGAAAAUGGCAAGGAAAAUGUCACAAUACAGUUGAAUAUGGAAGCGGAAUUCCACCUUACGCACUUGAUUAUACAAUUCAAAACAUUUCGUCCAGCGGCUAUGUUAGUGGAACGAUCAUUCGACUUCGGAAAAACUUGGCGUGUUUAUCGUUAUUUUGCCCAUAAUUGUGAAGAUACCCCAGUUCCUCAUCAUACGCAAAGGUCUUUGACUGAAGUUGUGUGCGACUCUCGUUAUUCCGCAGUGUCGCCUACUAGCGAAGGCGAAGUUAUAUUCAGAGUAUUGCCACCUAAUAUAAACGUAGCAAACCCCUACUCCGAAGAAGUACAAAAUUUAUUACGUAUGACAAAUCUUCGAAUAAAUUUCACAAAACUUCAUACUCUUGGCGACGAUAAGCUGGAUAAUAGAGCUGAAAUACAAGAGAAAUAUUAUUACGCGAUAUACGAAAUGACUGUCCGCGGUUCUUGUUCCUGUUAUGGACACGCGUCUCGGUGCUUGCCUAUGCCAGGUGUGGAAUCGAAGACGAACAUGGUCCACGGUCGGUGUGAGUGUACACAUAACACCCGUGGUUUAAACUGUGAAUAUUGCGAAGACUUUUACAAUGACCUCCCGUGGCAACCGGCAGUCGGAAGAACUUCUAAUGCUUGCAAGAGAUGUACGUGCAACAACCAUGCGACGACGUGCCACUUUGAUCCAGCAGUAUACAAUAAAACUGGUAAAGUGAGUGGUGGUGUUUGUGACAAUUGUCAACAUAAUACAAUGGGAGUGAAUUGUGAACGUUGUAAGCCUAAAUUUUAUAAAGAUCCUAGUUUAGAUAUUCAGAGUCCCGAAAUUUGUAAGCCUUGCGAUUGCGACCCGGAAGGCACGACUGAUAAGGAAAUUCUUUGCGAUGACGAAACUGAUGCGAUUAAUAAUAAAACAGCAGGUCGUUGUCUUUGUAAAUCCAAUGUUGACGGUGCUAGGUGCGAUAGGUGUAAAGAUGGUUAUUGGAAUUUCGACCCUUUAAAUCCUGAAGGUUGUCAAGAAUGUACAUGUGAUAGAUUAGGUACAAUCAACGAAAGAGGAUGUGACCCUACAACCGGAAACUGCUUCUGUAAACGUCACGUCACGGGAAGAAAUUGCGACCAAUGUUUGCCGGAGUUUUAUGGUUUAUCGGAAAGUGACGAUGGUUGUUUACCGUGUGACUGCGAUCUGGGUGGUUCAAUAGACCGGGACUGCGACGUGAUAACAGGCCAAUGUAAAUGUCGGCCAAACGUUACUGGUCGGCGUUGUGAUCAGCCAAUACAAAACUUCUUCGUCGGCGCUCUAGAUUCAUUCGUUAUUGAAGCUGAAUCCAGCCAAUGUGAUUCGCAAAUAGACGAUAACGCCAUACAAAGUCAAAUUUGUCAUGUUGUUAUACGAGAAAACUUUCCAGACGGCAGAAAGGAAACGUGGACUGGUCCCGGUUUUAUGAAGUUGCCGGAAAGUAGCACAUUGGUAUUUGUUGUUAAAGAUUUACAAACAAGCAUGAACUAUAAUGUAUUGAUAAGAUACGAACCACAUUCGCCAAUGAACUGGGAGGAGGCAACUAUAAUAGUAAAGAGGCCAUCGCCUAUUGAUCCUGAUUCACCUUGUGCAAAUGUGCGGCCAGAAGAUGAUACUGUCUUUACCAGUCUCCCGGCAAAUCAGCGGAGUGUUUUAGUUAAUCCACCUGUAUGUUUAGAAAAAGACAAAGAAACUGAAAUUCGCAUUUAUUUAGGACGCCAAGACGGACAAACUUCAAACUCACGAGCUUCGAUUCUAAUAGAUUCUAUUGUAUUAAUACCUUCUUUCGACGAUUUACCAUUUUUAGCGAAUGGUUCCAUGAAAGAAGAAUUUAAUCGUUAUAAUUGCGGAGAUUCAUAUUAUUACGAUCUUAAUAGAGACAAUGUUCCUGAGAUUUGUAAGAAAUAUCACGCUAGUAUAGGAUUUUACGUACGUCGGGGAUCACGGCCAUGUCAGUGUGACCCAACAGGAUCAAAGAGUCACCAGUGUGAUCCAUACACCGGAUAUUGCCAAUGUGUUGAGAAUAUUGUCGGAGCUAGAUGUGAUCGCUGCGCACCUGGUACGUAUGGUUUCAGUAAAUUUGGCUGCAAACGUUGCGACUGUAAUAGUAUUGGGUCAUUAGAUAACUUCUGUGACGCAACAAGCGGGCAGUGUAAAUGCAGAGCUAACACUUACGGCCGAGCUUGUGAUUUGUGUCAACCUGGAUAUUUUAACUUCCCCAAUUGUCAACAAUGUGACUGUAAUGGCCAUGCUGUCGAGUGUGAUGAUAAGACAGGAGCUUGCAAAGAAUGCAGAGAUUACACUGAAGGUCAUCGUUGUGAACGAUGCAUAGAAGGCUAUUAUGGCGAUCCUAGACUAGGUAUUGAUAUACCUUGUAGGUCAUGUCCAUGCCCUGGCGUGAAAGGAGACACAAGUAAAAGCAGUCACGCAGAUCGAUGUGAGUUAGAUCCCGAAACAAAAGAUGUGGUCUGCGACUGUAAAGAGGGCUAUGCUGGACUUUUAUGUGACGUUUGUGCUGAUAACUAUUACGGCGAUCCGCUAAAAGGUACUUGUGAAAAAUGUGAAUGUAAUGAUAAUAUAGAUUUAACAAAACCAGGUAAUUGCGAUCCGUAUACAGGCAAAUGUUUACAGUGUUUACAUAAUUCUGCUGGCGAUCAUUGCGAAGUCUGUCAGGAAGGAUUUUAUGGAAACGCUUUAGAAAAAGCUUGCUAUAAAUGUAAUUGUUCCGAAUUAGGAACAAAUUUCACGAAAGGUAAUUGUGAUCCUGUGACUGGUCAAUGCCCAUGCUUCAACAAUGUUAUGGGUGUAAAUUGCGACCAGUGCACAGAAUAUCAUUGGCGUAUCGCACUCGGAAACGGUUGUGACCCAUGCGAUUGUGAUCCUAUUGGUUCUAUAUCAGCGCAGUGUCACCCCUACAUUGGUAAAUGUGAUUGCAAACCAGGUCACGGAGGCAGACAAUGUGAUGAAUGCCAAGAGAAUUAUUGGGGAGACCCGAACGUAGAGUGUCACGAAUGCGAAUGCGAUUUGCAUGGGUCUGUAUCUCGUCAGUGCAUGCGAGACAAUGGUUCAUGUAUUUGUAAACCUGGAAUAGGUGGAUAUAAGUGUGAUACGUGUGCUAGAGGAUACUUAGGAGAAGCACCGCAAUGUUAUGCAUGUGGGGAGUGUUUCGAUAACUGGGACCAGCUAAUUAAUGAUUUGCGAAUUCAAACUGAAUAUGCAAUAAGCAAUGCUAGCAAAAUCAAGGUUGUUGGAGCUACAGGCGCAUACACGAGAGACUUUGAAGAAAUGACAAAGAAAUUAUCAGAAAUUGAAAAUACACUUGAAAGUGCUAAGCUUGGUCAAUCGACAAUUCAAGAAUUGUUCUCUAAUAUUACUAACCUCCAGAAUCUACUAACAGAAGCCGAGAAAAAGGUUAAAGAUAGCAAUGAUAAUCUCAAUGGUGUGACAUCUAAAAUCAACCUGGGAAAUGUUACUCUGGAUGGCCUUCGAGCAAGUACCGACAACUUAAAAUUAAAAACGCUUGAAUUAGGUAAUAAUGCUACUAAAUUACAAGAAGCUAAUUUAGAAGGAGCCCUCAAUUUAACUCGUGAAGCCAAACAGAGAGCAGCAAAAGCCGCAGAUGACGCAGAAAGCGUACAGAAUAUUAUUGCUAACACUGAUCGUCAAAUCAAAAAUACUGAUCGCCUGAUUGAAAUGCAAUAUACACAUUUUAAUAACACACAAAACGAUAACGAUAAAAAAUUAAAUGAUAUCCAAAUGCAGUUAUCUGAUUUAGAAGCACAAGUUCCAAAACUUAACGAAAAAAUGUGUGGCCAAGAAAGUGACACUUGCGAUAUUUGUGGAGGAGCAGGAUGUGGAAAGUGCGGAGGGAUAUCAUGUGAUCAAGGUGCGGUUACUAAAGCUGAACAAGCUCUAGACUUUGCAAACAAAACAGAGUAUAGAAUUAAAGAACAUGAGCUGACAGCCGAAGAUUUAUUCAGAUCAAUUUCUCAAGUGAAGCAGGAUACAGUUGCUAUUCGAUCACGUGCGAAUGAUCUUUUUAACAAAGCGCAUAAUUUCAAAUCAUCCGCCGAAAGAAUUACGAAUGAAAGCCAAGAAUUGACAGCGGAACUAAAAGAUUUCUUAUCCAAUACCUCUAGUACUCCAGCAGAUGUAAGAACGCUAGCAAACGACAUACUAAAUUUAUCAAUAAGAAUUGAACCAAAAGAAAUAACUGACUUAUCUCAACGAAUCAAUUCAUCUGUAUCACAAUUAACUAACAUCGACAAAAUAAUUGACGAAACAAAACCUGAUUUAGAACGAGCCAAGGCAUUAAAAGAAAAUGCGACUGCCGUAAACAAAGAGGCUAACCUAACAUUAGAAAUGGCAAAUAAGGUAUUGGAAGCUUUAGACGAAGCACAAGCUGCUCAAGAUGCCGCAGAAAAUGCAAUAGAAAAAGCUAAUAACGAUAUCGAAGCGGCAAAAAGUGAUUUAGUCCCAAUAACAAUGGAGACAGAACAAGCGCAAAGAAAAGCAAAUGAAACUAAAGAAGACGUCGAAAAAUUGCGGUUACGUUUGUCUGAUCUACAAAAAGAUAUAUUAAAAAUUGAAAGCGAUGCGGAUCAAGUUAAACAAGAGGCCAAUGACGUAGUUAAUCGUGCAGAAGGGGCUGAACAAAAGGCAAGAGAAUUAAGGCAAAACUUCAAACAAACUAACAUGUCUCUAGCAGAUCGUGCUAACCAAACAUCUAAUUCUAGAGAACGGGCACAGUUGCUCCUAACCCGUGCGACUAAACUAGCAAGUGAUACACAAAUGCAACUUAAAUUGUUAGCCAACAUGGAGGAAUUGUAUAACGAUCACAAUGGUCAAUUAAACUUAUUAGAAAAAGAAAUAGGAGACCUCAACAACCAAAUGAAUUAUUAUUUAUCAGAAAUAACGAAACGUUCUGAUAAUUACAGAUCUUGUACGACUUAGUAUCCGUUUAAUUCUAAUAACAUAUACUGUUAUCUGAAAAAUAUAAUAGUGUGAACGUUUAAUUCGGAUACUUGCAGUUCCCAUUUGUGCCAUAAAACAUGUACAUAAUACUUAUGUACUGCAUGGAGUAGUGCGUAUUGGUCAAAAAUGUAGUUUGACUACAUUGUGUUUGUAUUAUAUAACGAUAAGCCUGACUCUAAUGCAACAUCGACAUUCAAUUUAAUCUUGAUGAGUGAAGUUACUCUGUCGACUUAUUAUGUUUAUUAGUGUUCGAAAUAAUUCUAAACAAAAUUAAUUAACAUUUGUAUAAUAUUAUUGUAACACAUCCCAGCGUAAUGACAACUUACGAGCACUCUUUGUAAGGGUUGUUUUACAAUAACAAAAAAAAAUUCCGCAUUAUUAUUUUAAAAUUGAACGACUUUGCUACUAUUAUUCCAAAGAUAUUUUAUAAUAUGGCGUCUGUUAAUAAUUUAAUACUAGACUUGCAACUUUAUUCCUAGCUAUAACUACCUACUGUAGCUUAUGUUUUUCUAAUCUUUCUGUUAGAAUAAUUUUAAGUAAUUUAUGUUUUAUACAAGUAUAUAAUAUGCAUUUUUAUAUCGUUAAUAGUAUAUUAUCUUAUUUGUAGCCUCUGUAUUGUUUAUUUGAAUAUGGUUUUAAUUAAGCAAAUAAAAUACUUAUAAAAAUAAUGUACUUGAUCUUAAUAUUAUAUUAGAAAUGAAUCAAUCCAAAUGCAUUUAUAUGAUUAGUUAAAUAGUUUUUCACAACACUUGUAAUAUGUAUUAAAUAUCAUACUGUAAUGUGAGAGGCAUCAAUACUUAAUUGUUAAUACAUAUUUUUAUAUUACAUAGA